GAAUAUUUAAAAUCAUUGCGCUUUGAACAGCGGAACGGUUUAAACGGUUAUUUCGGGCGUACAAAAAUAUUUAACAAAGUGAGAAAAUAUUAUAUAUAUCGAAUAACGUAGUUUAGUGUUUAAAUUAAAAUAUUAUUACAAAACAAAAAAAUAAAAAACAACUUGAGAGAAACACAAACAUUAUUUUUCUAAAAUAAUAUUAUUACAAAGUUUAUAGUGAGCAAAUUUUGUGAUCUUAUAAUUUCAAGUAUCACAAAAUAAAUAUUAAUUGUCUUACAUAAUAUAAUACGAAAUGAGCUCACGUUUUAUAGCCGAGGGUGGCACGCCAAUCACACCGGAACUGGCAACGUUUAUUAUUUUAUUCCUCAAUGCAUGUAUACUUAAACCAUUUCCACCAAUGCUUAAGGACCUACGUCAAUUAGUCUUCGGCACUUCAUCUAUUCCCAUGCGUGCUGAGUGGACACAAACCCCUUUCACUUUUGGUGCGCCUAAAGAAGAGCUCUCUUAUGGCCUACGCUCACCGCGUAAUGCUACACGCGGACUACUUUCUGUAGUGCAGGGUUUCAUUUUGAAGUACUUGCUCUUCGGGCGACGUGGACGCAACAAUCAGGACCCCCUAAUGUGCACGCAAGAGAUGCAGACAAAUGCACUGAUAAAUGCGUUGGUCGAAAUUCUACGCAUCAUAUCGGAUAAGGGUAAGGUGACAAUGGUGCUGCCAUCGCCGGACGAAGAGGUUUUCGUGGAGCAUAGUGUGACUUUCUUUCAUGAUUCGAUUACUGAGAAGUUAUAUAUUUUCACAUUAUCACCACAUGACGAACUGGAGUAUUUUAUAAAACGUCAUUUAAAACUGUUUACUGAAGAGGACUCACCUGGCACAUUGCUGUUUCUGUAUAGCGCCGUUCUGACACGCUCGAUGACAAAAAUUCGCAACGAUCUCGACUCGAACAGUAAGGCAGUGCCAUUAACAAUGACGAACAAUGAAGAAGGCUCCUUGAUGAUAGUGACCCUACUUUUGACUGGUCGUGCUACACCUUAUUUGCACAAUGGUGUUGUAAAUGUUGGCGAUGAAAACACUUAUGCCAUUCCGCAGUAUGGUAUACUAAGCCGCUGCACUAUCGGACUUUUGCUUUGGGAUAAUGAUAGUACGCAACCUUCCGUGGUUACUUCACGCCAACCCGGUUCACGGCUCAAAACACCCAACUAUCCAAUUUGGAUUACCAGCUGCUGCGGCCACUAUGGCGUGGCGUUCAAUCGAAAUCCGGAACUUUUGCGAAAUUAUCACGCCGAGUCGCGGUUCGAUUUGAAUUAUUACAGUUGCUCUGGCCACAAUGUUUUCAUGACUAUCGACAAUCGUGUGUAUAACGAACAGGCGACUGGCAUGUUGGAACGACAGGCGACUACCGAGACAAUGACAACGGGCGGUGGACGCAGAGAUGAUGAAGCCGGUGGUGGUGGUGGUGAUAAUACAGACCUGCUGGUACGCGAGGAAUUGACAAUGAACACACCGUUGCAACGUUUAAUACACACCAAGUGGGAGGAGGCGCACAUACGCUUCAAUGUGCAACCAUCCAUGCUCAGUUAUCUGUUUUGCACAACACCAUAAAGUGGGUGUGGUGCACUGCACAUGCCCAAGCAAAAGCUACAGUUCGCGCGUUGCCAGUGAGGUGGAGAAAUGUAGCAGUUAUGGUUUGUCGAUUUCAUAAAUCGUUUGGAAUGCAGUGAAGUGCGUGGAACUGCAGCUGUGCCUUUCAAUGCGUUACUUAUUUCGUUAUUAUUAUUGUUUUUUUUUUGCAAGCCGCAAAAUGCAUUUACACAAGGCAAAAUCAACAAAUAGGUAACACAUCCUUCUGCUAUUGAUGGCUUUCAAAUACGCGAAUAAAUAUAUUUCUAAGGAAAAAUGUGCGCUUGAAGCUUUGCUUGUACUAAAAAUAAAUAAAAAUUUGUCGCUGACAAGCUUAAA